AUGGAGAGAUUUAAAAGAAUCGUUUCGAAACUCUCCAUUGCCGACGACACAGCGAUAUCAGCUCUCCGUAAUGCUCUUGUUCACGGUUCCCGAUUCAGAGAGGACAUCAUCAUCCACAAGCCUCUAACUUUGGAUGACGCACUGCACCGUGCUAACAGAUACAUCGAGCUCGACAAAGAGAGAGCAUCAAGAACAAACCGUGCAGAACCACCGACCUCCAAGUCGACCAAAGGAAAAGAGAAGGUACAAGAUGAGCAUCACGAACCUCGUCAACACUUCGACAAGGAGUACGCCGAAAAGUUGGACAAAGGAAAGAAAGUUCAAACGUUUGCAGUUAGUAAUCAAGCUCCCCAAGCAUCUUCGUCAAAGCCUUGGAACAACAAGCAAUACGACACAGCUCCAACGCCACAACAGGGAACCGAAACCCUGUCGCCACCUCCGGCCCCAACCCUCAAAAGAAACCCCGAGCCGGCUGAAGAUACUAAUGCUCCAGCCCCGCGUCGAAGAAUCAAUAUGAUUAUGGGCGGUCUGACGACCUGCCACGAUUCAGUCCGAUCAAUCAAAGCUUACCAGCGAGGAUUGGAGGUAAAGAGGGAGUGGAUAGCUCAAAGUACGCCACCUACGACAAACUCUGAGCCGAUCGUAUUUACCAAAGCCGACGCAGCAGGUCUAACUGGCCCGCACAACGACCCGCUGGUGGUCGAGCUAGAAAUUGGUGAAAGCAUGGUCACCAAAAUCUUGAUCGACACAGGCAGCUCAGUCAAUGUUAUCUUUAAGGAUGUACUCAUUCAAAUGGAGGUCGAUCUACGGACGGCCGAGCAUGACGUACAACCUCUCACCGGGUGCGACGGUGAUACUGUGAUGACAGUAGGCACGAUCAUGUUGCCAGUCUACGUGGGCGAAAAAAUGCAUUGUAUCAACUUUGCCAUCAUCGACAAGCCUAUUGUCUACAACGUUAUCCUCGGCACGUCUUGGUUGCAUAAGAUGAAAGCAGUAGCAUCGACCUACCAUCAAUGUGUAAAAUUCCCGACCUCGAGAGGAAUAUUCACACUACGAGGAGACCCGCUAGUAGCAAGAACCUGUUUCAUUAUCAAGCGGCAGCAACGCAGCUCUCGGACGUUCGCCAUUUCAGACCCCGCCGAGCAAAGGGACGGUCGUGUUCGCCCGGACACAGAAUCUGUCAUCCAAGUAAACAUCGAUCCUUCCGACGUAACUUGCUGA